AUGGAGGCCCGCGUCAAACUCACCAAGGACAGCGGCACCCCGGAGGUCGACGCGACCCUGUACCACAGCCUGGUGGGAAGCCUACGCUACUUGGUUCACACUCGACCGGACAUCUCGUUCGCCGUUGGGUAUGUGAGCAGGUACAUGGAGCGACCGCAACAAGAACACAUGGUGGCGGUCAAGCACUUGCUCUGUUACAUCUCAGGCACGAUCGACUACGGCGGCGUCUACCUCAAGCGCGGCAACACCGAGCUCAAUCUUGUGGGGUACAGCGACAGCGACUUGGGGGGAGACGUUGAUGAUCGGAGGAGCACCACCGGGAUCAUAUUCUUCCUCGACGACAUGCCCGUUUCAUGGCAGUCACAGAAGCAAAGAGUGGUGGCGCUCUCGUCGUGCGAGGCGGAGUACAUCGCUAGUGCCGCAGCGGCGUGCCAGGCGGUGUGGCUUGAACGGCUACUGGGCGACAUCAUCGGGGAAAAGCCCAGGAAGCCCCAACUGAAGAUGGACAACAUGUCUGCUAUCGCACUAAGUAAGAAUCCGGUUCUUCAUGAUCGCAGUAAACACAUAGACACAAAAUUUCACUUCAUUCGUGAAUGUGUUGAUGGCGGGAGAAUCGGACUGGACUACACGAGCACGCUUGAGCAGCUCGCCGACAUCCGGACAAAACCACUUGGCCGCAUGAAGUUCCAGGAACUUCGUGACAAGAUCGGAGUCAUCAAACUCAAGUGA